AUGGCGGCGGCGGGGGUGACGGCGAAGGCGGGCGGGGGGACCAGCUCGGCGGCGGCGGCGGCUUCUCUCAUCCGUGCACGGGGCCUCGCAUGGCCGCGGCGGGCAGUAAGCUGCAGCCUGGCGCGGGGGACGGGAGCCCCGAAGUGCGGGAGUGACUCGGCUCCGCCUCCGCCUCUAGCCCGCCGCAGGAGCCGCUCGCGCCGCGGCCAUCUUGGAAACGGCGACCGGCCAGCGCCGGGUACGGCGGGCGGCGAGGGACAAGCCUCCGAGGGCGGCGGCGGCCGCGGGCGCGGCAGCGGACAGGCGGGGACCCGGCGAAGGGAGGGGCGCGGGGAACCGGGAGCCGCGGGCGUGGGCGACCGAGGCGGUGGCCGGGGAGGCACGUCGGAGCCCCUUGCCCCGGGGGCCGCUGUCGCGCCGCGGUCGCCUGGUUUCGCUCGCGGGGCGUGUGCGCUGGGCUGUGCGCGCGGGAUCUGCUCGGCGGCGGGUGGGCGUGCGCGGAGGACCCGGGAGGGGCCGCGCGGCCUGGGCUAG